AUGGCGAACUACGUCGAGGCUUCUACCCAGACUGAGUGGGCGGGGCUGAUGCAAAAGAACAUUGUUCGUCCAGAUGUCUGUUCUCCAGCUGCGUUUCCAAAUACAAGCACACCGCCAGACGAGCCAUUGACAAGCAAGAAGCAGCAGCGUGUUGACGACCUUGCAUCCAUAUCACCAGCAGAACAGCGAGGACAGCCCCAGACGCCACCACCGUCGAACCGGCCGGCGCGGAAUCACGUGUCGACCAUGUCAACAUCACCGCUGCUGGCCAGGCGCCAGAAUCGCCCCAAUUUUGUGGCCCAUAUCGAUAUGCCAUCACCGGAGAUGAGAGCAACCGUCGAAGCGCUCGACGAUGAAGUGCCUGUGUCCCCACCGCCAUCUGCGCUUGUCCUGUCGCCGCUGCCCGAGGCCAACAGGCGGUUCGCGGGGCACACACCGCUGUACGUCGGAUCUCCGAGCGAUAGGUUCAAGGAGAACAUCUUCAAGAGGCAGCCGCCCGGUCGGCUUGACAUCCAGCCAAUGGUACCAGAGAAGCUCCAGUCGCUACCAGUGCACGAAUUGAUCGUCGAGCAAGACGUCGGCGAGGAGGCCGACGCAGCGCGCGAUGAGGAACUGCAACCAGGAGAAGUCAGUCCGUCAAGAAUGUCCCAGGAAGAUGUCGGACUCACAGGGCCUCUGACGCUUGCUCCCAACCCCGGCGGCGGCGCGCAAGACAACAUACUGCUCAGCGCAUUGGACAGCAGACUCAGCCAAGUCGCCCAGGAACAGGCGGCGGCACUCGCUAAGGCCGGCCAGCAACAGCAGCAGCAGCACGUGGACGGCGCAGCAGAGGACGGGCCGCCGCUUAGCAGGCAAGGCUCAGCAGACUCGCGCGUCUCGGAGGCGCCGGGUGUCGACGGUGUCAUCCUGAAGAAGACGCUGCCGCUCAACUUCGGCGUGCCGAUCGGAACAGUGUAG